AAAUUCUCCGAAGACUCUAGUAGUCUAGUCUCUAGCAUAGGAACACGAUGCGUCAACAGCACAGCUGAUACGCCAGACGCUAUGAUAUAACAACCCAUAAGAGUUCUGUGAUUGUAGCUCUUGCCAGCUCCAGCCACAAAUUCGAUUUCUCUGUUUUUUGAUAGAUCGUAGCUGGUCUUGGUGCAUCCUUUGGUUUCUUCUCAUCUAUCUCAGCUCAGCUGUGACGCAAUUGAUUCCAAGGCCAUGGCGGCAUUUGUGGCCAAUGAGAUUCCCCUAUUCAUGAAUCAGUCUCCUCCACAUGUAUGGAUGCUGAUGUCUCGACCAUCAGUGAUUAUCAAGCUGAUUCUGGGGUUGCUUUGGUUCAUCGUCCACUUAGCAAUCAGCCUUUGCAGUUUAUGGUUUGAUCUGAUCUACAGUAUAGAAUGCUAUCUCAUUUCAUUCGGGCUGAUUCCAAAGUAUCGGAAAUUCCAACUGGAUAGGCUCAAACACUUGGCUGUUGUGGUAGAUAGCAGAGAAGCUAAAAAUGUUGCAAAGAUCAAUCAGCUCUUAUGUUGGCUCUCAAAUGUUGGUGUGAAGUAUGUAUGUCUUUAUGACAUUGAUGGAGUGCUGAAGAAAACAUUUGCACCUGCUAUGAAUGGUUCAAGAUAUGGGAAUUCAGGAAAAUAUCUGGAUGUGGGUGCAAAUACAAAAGCUUUGACCUGUUGUCAUAAAGAGAUGACAAUAGAGUGUAUUUCUGGUUCUGAUGGCAAGGAUGGGAUUGCUAAAGCAGCCAGCUUACUUUGCUCAACUUGUGUGAACGGCAAUAGGAAUACUUGUGGAAAUGGUGAAAUAGUAUUUACAGAAGCUGACAUGUCCGGUGCAUUGAAAGCAAUAGGUUGUGGUGGACCAGAACCUGAUCUUCUUCUUGUGUAUGGCCCUGCUAGAUGCCAUUUAGGUUUUCCUGCAUGGAGAUUGCGGUAUACUGAGAUAAUGCAUAUGGGACCACUGAAUUCAAUGAAAUAUGGCGCCAUUGUGAAAGCAUUCUAUAAAUUCUCGAAGAAAUACCAAAAUUUUGGUAAAUGAGAGCUGAUACUGAGAUAGAGAAGACAACAUGUCAUGUGUAGAAAGCCACUCCUGGAGCUGGAAGCUUAACAAUAGUUUUGCCUUUCUUUUUCUUUUUAUCCCAUGUUGCUGAUCACUAUACUAAACGUUACGAGCAAUAAUUCACAGAUACACCUUGUACUUGCUUUUGCAAUAUUGUAAGUGUUGCUGAUAGAACAUACGGGAAAUUAUAUCCCAUUGUAUAACUUGCUCCCAUUCUAAUGUGUGAUGAGGCAGUUCUUGACCACACACGAACUGAUUGAUAUAACCAGUGUUCCCUAAAAAUUGAAAUGGAUCACGUUGAUCA